ACCGCCCGCUCAUGGCCCCGCCCACCGCGCCGCAAGCCACGCCCACGGAGUGGUUUGGCCACGCCCAUUGGGCAUCAAUGAGCUCCGCCCAUCUGGUGCCUGGCUCCGCGUCGCUGCUUUGUGACGUCACUCCCAGGCGCCAGGCGGGCAGCAUGGCGGCGGCGGGGCUGUCGAAAGCCGAGUACCUGAGGCGGUACCUGAGCGGCCCCGAGCCCGCACAGCCCCGGCGGCGCCGCAAGAGGAAACCCCCGGGCGGUGCGGGCAGGAACGGGAUGCGGAUCGUGGAUGACGAUGUCAGCUGGAGCAGCAUCGCUGCUGCCCAGGAGAAGGAGGAGGAGGAGGACGAAGGGGACAUGCCCGUGGUGGCAGAAUUCAUCGAUGAGCGUCCGGAUGAAGUGAAGCUCAUGGAGGAAUUCCGGACAAACACCAAGUGGAAGCUGCUGGGAGACCAGAAUGAGGACUCACAGAGCUCAGACACCUCGGGUCCUGCUCCAUCCAGGAGGCAGCGCCACGACUCCCCUGACACCUCCCCCGAGGAGGGGCUGCCACACAGCUCCCUGCAUCUGUCACCCCCCCGGAGACCCCGACACGACUCCCCGGAUCUGUCACCCCCCAGGAGAGAGAGAAGCAGCUCCCAGAACCCCCCGCCAGCCCGGCAGCACCAACGGGGUUCUGUGGACCUCUCACCCCCAGGAGACCCCGACACGACUCCCCAGAUCUGUCACCCCCCCAGGAGACCCCGACACGACUCCCCAGAUCUGUCACCCCCCAGGAGACCCCGACACGACUCCCCAGAUCUGUCACCCCCCAAGACCCGACACGACUCCCCGGAUCUGUCACCCCCCAGGAAGAAGCACGAGGACCCCUCAGACCCCUCCCCCCCUCGGCGCCACCGUCACGACUCCCCGGACCCCUCCCCCUCCAGGGGUGGGGGGAGGGGCUGCAGACCCCCCAGCAAGCUGCAGACAGGGGGGUCCCGGGGAGAGCAACCCCAUCCAGGCCCCCCAAGAGACCCCCCAGGCGCCCCCAACCCCAGACCUCUCCCCCCACGCAGGAAGCGCCCCGGUUCUGACCCAGAGCUGUCCCCACCCCGCAGGAAGAGGACUGGGUCACCUGGGGGAGGGACCAGGCCCAGCAGAACCAAAGGUGCUUCCCCAGCCCCCAGGAGGCCGAGGCAGAUGUCCCCCCCACGGAGGGGCCUGAGACAGGACUCCAGCUCCCCCUCCCCACCCCGGGGGGUCUCAGGGGUCUCCCUGCAGCCUGCUCCCCACAGCAGCUCCACAGACUCGGAUUUGUCCCCCCCCCGACGGGCUCUGCCCCCCCCCAGGGAGCAGCAGCAACGCUCCAGGAGCCCCCCUGAGCUCCUUCCUGGGGGGUCUCCCAAGAAGGAGAAUGUGGUGAUUCCUGGGAUGAAAGCUGGGCUGGUGUCAGCUGAGGUGCUGAGGAGGGAGCAGGAGGAGCUCCGGAGGCUGGAGAGGAGCACCAAGCACUUGGAAGAGGAAUCCAGGCAUUCCCAGACUGUGUUCCGGGACAAGUCGGGUCGGAAGCGGGACCUGGCCCGGGAGCAGCUGGAGCAGAGGCAGAGAGAGGAGAUCAACUCCCAGAGAGAUGAGCAGUAUGCCAAGUGGGGCAAGGGGCUGGCACAGGGCAAGCAGCAGCAGCAGAACCUGGAGGAUGCCCUGAAGGAGAUGCAGAAGCCCCUGGCCAGGUACAUCGAUGACCAGGACCUGGAUCAGAUGCUGAGGGAACAGGAGAGAGAAGGAGACCCCAUGGCUGAGUUCAUCAAGAAAAGGAAAGCCAAAGAGAGCAGAGAAAAGAAAGAAAAACCCCGGUACAAGGGACCAGCCCCCCCCCUCAACAGGUUCAACAUCUGGCCCGGGCAUCGCUGGGAUGGAGUGGACAGGUCCAACGGGUUCGAGCAGCAGCGCUUUGCCAGGAUGGCCAACAAGAAGGCAGUACAGGAGAUGGCCUACAAGUGGAGUGUGGAGGACAUGUAGGAGGGUGAGGAACCACACGCCCUGCCACAGCUCACAGGGCCAGGACCAAGCCCUCUCCUGGGUGCUCAGCAGCCCCUGUGCCCAGGGGGUGGGUGCAGAGAGGAGCUGCCCAGGGCUGUCCCUGCAGACAGGGCAGGACGAGCAGAGCCCUGGUGCCACCUGGAGCAGAGGUGGCCACUGCCCCUGGGAGCCUCAGCUCCCCCCUGCUCCCACACCAACUGCUGCAGGCCCUGCCCUCUGCUCUGUUUUAAUUUGUUUUCUCACAGACUGUAGGAUUUGUGCUUCGUUGUUUUAUGCCAAAUGCUUUUGAGGGCAGUUCAGGAGCCUUUGGGUGUCCUAAAUCUCAGGUUUUCCCUCAUGGUGAAAGCGUGGUGUGAACGCUGGGUGCUGCAGGGCUCCCCUCACCCUAGAGCUCUCUCUGUUCCUUCCGUUGUGUUCCAGCUCUCCUGGGGAGCAGCUGUACCCUCACCCUGCUCGGGGACCCUCCCUUCACCAUUGUGUGGUGGCAGCUUUGUCCCCCGAGGCCUCUCUGGUGUCAUCCAGGGGGGGCUGUGUCUCCAGGCCUGACCCUGUGUACCUGAAGGGAUUUGUUGUGCCUGGAGGGUGGGCUGGGAGGACCCCUCAGCCCUGCUCUGCCAGGAUCCACGCGUGGAAAUAAAUUCCCUGGUUCCUGGAGUCCCGGGGAGCUGAGGCAGCAGUUGCCAUGGAGAUCCUGCUCUUCUGGGCAAACAGGGACUGGAGCUGCUCUGGGAGGAGAGAAGAGAACAGCAAAGGCUCCUCGGGAGAGGGAGAGCCCCGGGGCUUCCAUCCCGGGAUUGUCACUCACUGUGUCACCUCCCCAGCCCCUCUGUACCCCUGUCAAUAAAAGCUCUUUU